AUGGGUAUUUUCAGCAAGAUCAGAAAGGCGUUUGAGACGCCAGAGAGAAACAGACUAUUGGACACGGAGAACAACAAGCAGCAGUUUGACGUGGACAAGGAGGACGAGCCACCUAGCAACCAGUUGCUAGAUACAGUUUCCAAUCGGGAAGGUGCCGAGGUGGCAUUGGGUGCCAAUGACGGCGACAAGCCAAAGAACCAUUUGGAGGACACACUGUCGAACGAGCAAGCAGAAGUGCUUGUACAGGGCGAGAACCCUAAUCCGCCUGGAAUACCAAGCAACAACAAGUUGCUUGAUGCAAAGUCAAAUGAGUUUCCUGCAGGUAGUCUUGCGCAGGUUACUGAACACAAUCCUAACCAUAUAAGCCAGGGAAAUCCAUUGAAUAGCGCCCGUUUAAAGUAG